AGAUCUGAAUAUCUCUGUCUGAAAGUGAAAUAAGCUCAGUUUUAGUUACUUGCAGAAAUAGUUCAAUGUGAUGAAAGCUAAUGGAGGUCCCUGAUAUCUGAAGGCAUCUCUUGAUCCUGCCUUUUCCCACUUCAUGUGCUUCUGCUUUGUUCGAAUAACACCACCAGUCUGAUCUUUACUUAAAUAUGAUGGAUUCAUUUUCUUCAGAUUCCUAAAAAUGUUGAGCUCAUAUUUGGAUAUUUUCCACUUUUUUUCUGUAAUUUUCAGCAUCAAUGUUAUAUUCAUCCUGUUUUAACGGGAUGUCAAGUGUUUACAAUGGCAUUGACAGAAAUGGUGAAACUUUAAUCUUAAAGAAAAUUUAAAUAGCUCAUCACGUCAGUAUAUUUUACAAUUCAGCUUUGCAAGGGUGACUUUUUUUUCUGGUCCGUUCUGAAUCAAGACUUGAAAAAAAAAGUUACUUGUCCCCUGAUUUUGAAAUCCAGUGUUUGUAUCACUCUGUCUCCUCAGUAGUGGAUGAGAAAUGUGCAGACCAAUCAAUAAAGUAGAACAGAGCUCCACCUCUCUGAAACAAACAGCGCUGUAUCUCCUGUCUCUAUUGUGUUUCUUUCCAAUCAGCUGCCAGAAAAAUCCAAGAUAUUUUGAAAAAGAAGAUUUCACAUACUGGCUUGGAAUAACAUGAGGGUGAAUAAAAGAUUACAGAAUUUUCAAUUUUGGGUGAACCUUUCGUUUAAGUUCCCCAACAGCACUACAGCAACUGAGUGCAACUAAAACAUGUUACAUUUAAUAUAGAAUUUGACACAUUAUGUACUGCCUGUGCACCCUGCGUCUUUAAUAUAACUUUUUUUUCAGAGUCCUUCAGGUGAGCAUUCUUGUCGUUCAAACAGUAGUGCGCAGUGCUAGCAAUGCUAACAUUACUGGUUUGAUUCCCAGGGAAUGCAAGAACUGAAUAAAAAUAUACUUUGAAGGUAAUGUACUGUAAGUCAUGAUUUGAGUCAAAGCUUGAGAAUAAUUGCAAUUCCAAUUAUUGAAAUAUUACUGCCAUGUUGCUAAAAACAUAAAUGACCACAUUCUUAAUUUUUCCAAAUUUAGAUAAAAUGUCAGAUCAAAUCUAAGGUGUAUGACUAUAGCUGUUGUAAGGGUGAAGUCUGACUGGCUUGAGGUAAAUACUGAGAAAUAUCAAGAGUUUUUGCUUAUACUGUAUACAGGUGUACAUGCCAAUAUUAGAUUUUUUGUUUGGAUGAAUCAAAAAACUGUCUGAAGCAGAAUUCACACAUUCACCUUCAUAUGUGAAGACAAUUAUUCUGUAUUGUUAAUUAUGCAUUUGUGAACACUUCCUGUUCGAUGUGUGAGGAAGUGACAAUUUCACACCACAAUGCACAUUCCUCCUGCAGCUUCAGUGAUCAGAUGAGACCAUGAAGCUGUUUGGACUGUAUUUCUCUGCCGUGUGGAUGUUGUGCUGCUGCUGCUGUCUUGUGUAUGGCAGAGGUCAUGGUUUGUGUAUUAAAGAAAAGCUCAUUACAAAGAUCUAUAUAACCACAGAACUGCAAUCUAAAGUCCUGCUGCCGUGCCUUUUUGAACCAGCUCUCUUUGGAUCAGACCUGACCAUGACUUCAAGUGCUGUGUGGACUCAGAUUAAUAAUGAAACGGUUGACUACAUUUUAGAGAUCAUAGUAAAUGGUCAGAUAAGCGUCUGGAAUAACAGACACAAUAGAAUUAAUGGAUUCCGUGAUGCUGCUGCCUCUGAAAACUUCUCCAUCCUGAUUAGAGAUGUGCGGCUCUCUGAUCUGGGUCUCUACCGCUGUCAACUAUACAGAGACUUCAACUGUUCUCUGGGCUAUAAAGAGAUAGAAAUCAGUCUGGCUGCUGUCGAGUUUUCACUGCUCAGUAACUGGCAGCUCAUAGCUGCAGGAGGAGGAGGAUUUCUGCUGCUCUGUCUGAUCUCUGUGUGUGUUUACUAUACAUGGACAAAACGUGAGUCUGACUACUGCUAUGAGACAAACCAUAAUGAUGUAAGACAAUUCAUACAACACAUAUGCUACUACAAUACAGUAAAUGUAGUGAAAGCUACAUAUUGUAAAGACAUUAUAAACAAAACAAGUAAAAGACCCGAUGUGUGAUGACAAUAUGAUUCUGAGCAAGGCUGAUUCAAUUCAAGUCACUCUGGAAUAGUUUUCAAUGUGAACUGCUCUAGCCUCCCGAGAUCCUGUGACCUCAUAUGAGGACAUUAUAUUUUGGUGAAUUUCUCUGAGACUA